GGAAAGGCGGUGGACACAACCAAGAUCAUGAUGAAGAUGAACAUUGCCUCAAAUUCGUCUACGUCAGCUCUGCGUUGAUUCUCCCCGCACUUUGCGCCUCCUAUCAAUCCGUUUCUUACUUUUGUGCACUUCCGAUUAUUAUUUGCUACCUUUUUCCUCCUUCAGUUCAACCCUUAUUCUUCUCCGGAACUGUUGCUGCUGCUGCUGCAAUUCAUCAUGUGCGGAAUACUGGCGGUUUUGGGUUGUUCUGAUGAUUGUCAGACCAAGAGAGCCCGCGUUCUCGAGCUUUCUCGCAGAUUGAAGCACCGAGGUCCUGAUUGGGGAGGGAUAUAUAAGCAUGGAGAUUGUUAUCUAGCACAUCAGAGACUCGCCAUUAUUGAUCCUGAAUCAGGGGAUCAGCCACUUUUUAGUGAAGAUAAGAAGAUCGUAGUCACCGUAAAUGGAGAGAUUUACAACCAUGAAGAACUCCGCAGCCUUAUAUCUAACCACAACUUCGAGACCGGAAGUGAUUGUGAUGUUAUUGCACAUCUUUACGAGGAAUACGGUGAAGAUUUCAUCAAUAUGCUGGAUGGAAUCUUUUCAUUUGUAUUGCUGGAUACUUCUACUAACAACUUUCUUGUUGCUCGUGACGCCAUUGGUAUCACAUCGUUGUACAUUGGCUGGGGUCUUGACGGGUCGGUCUGGGUAUCUUCCGAGUUAAAAGGAUUGCACGAUGAAUGCGAGCACUUUGAAUCGUUCCCACCGGGGCAUUUGUAUUCGAGCAAGAACGGUGGUCUUAAACGAUGGUACAAUCCUCCCUGGUUUUCCGAGGCUGUUCCUUAUACUCCUUAUGAUCCCAUAGUUUUGAGGCAAGCUUUCGAAAGGGCUGUGAUAAAAAGGCUAAUGAGCGACGUCCCUUUUGGAGUUUUACUUUCUGGAGGACUCGAUUCAUCGUUGGUUGCAUCUGUUACUGCUCGUUACAUGUCAACGUCAAAAGCAGCUAAGCAAUAUGGAUUUCAGCUUCAAUCUUUCUGCAUUGGUCUUGAAGGGUCACCGGAUCUUCUAGCGGCAAAGGAAGUCGCCGAUUAUUUGGGUACCGUACACCAUGAGUUCCAUUUCACCGUGCAGGAUGGAAUUGAUCAGAUUGAAGACGUCAUAUACCAUAUCGAGACGUAUGAUGUUACUACCAUCAGAGCAAGCACUCCAAUGUUCCUCAUGUCCCGUAAGAUCAAGUCGCUCGGCGUGAAAAUGGUUUUAUCCGGCGAAGGUGCUGAUGAGUUGUUCGGUGGCUAUCUUUACUUCCAUAAAGCACCAAAUAAAGAAGAGUUCCAUCGCGAAACUUGCCGUAAGAUAAAAGCUCUUCACUUGUACGACUGCUUGAGAGCGAAUAAGGCGACGUCUGCGUGGGGUUUAGAAGCAAGAAUCCCAUUUUUGGACAAGGAAUUCAUCGAUGUAGCAAUGAAUAUCGAUCCCAAGUGGAAAAUGAUCAAACCCGAGGAAGGUAGAAUCGAGAAGUGGAUACUUAGACGGGCAUUCGAUGAUGAGGAGAAGCCGUAUCUUCCGAAGCACAUCCUUUACCGGCAGAAAGAACAGUUCAGCGAUGGCGUCGGCUACAGCUGGAUCGACGGCCUUAAAGCACACGCCGAGCAGCACGUGAGCGAUAAGAUGAUGCUUAAUGCCGGUAGUAUCUUCCCCCACAACACGCCUUCGACAAAGGAGGCGUACUAUUACAGAAUGGUAUACGAGCGAUUGUUUCCACAGAAUUCGGCGCUGCUUACGGUUCCGGGAGGGCCCAGUGUGGCGUGCAGCACGGCCGCCGCCGUGGAGUGGGACGAAUCUUGGUCGAAAAACCUCGACCCGUCGGGCAGGGCUGCCCUUGGCGUCCACAAUUCCGCAUACAAUAAAGAUAAACAUAGUGUAAGUGUUAUGGAUAGGGAUGGACAUCUGCAAUCUAUAUAAUUAAGGUAAGACAAUGUCCCCAUGGAAUUAUGUUCUGCAUUUGCAAUUUUAGUUCUGGUACACUCGACAAUAGUUAGUUAUUUUAUGGGUAGCUAUAUAUAUAUAUAUUUUAUACGA